AGUAGCAACAUGUUUACACUUUUUUGUUCUUUUGAAAAACGGACUGAAGAACGGGCUGAAUAAAACAAGAAGAUCGGUUUUGUCAGUGUAUUCUGUUUGUAACUGUAACUAGCUUUGUAGAUAAUGCUUUAAACGUGUGUCUGGUGUUUCGUAACCUAAAGGUUAUACAGCUGUUUCUGUAAAUGUUCAUUAGCAGUAUUAAUAUCAGCGCAUCUCUGUUAAAAAUGCCUCUUUUUGGCAACACAUUCAGCCCCAAGAAGACGCCACCCAGGAAAUCAGCAUCUCUCUCUAACCUUCAUACAUUGGAUCGAUCCACACGGGAGAUUGAGUUAGGCCUGGAAUAUGGAGCCCCUGUAAUGAAUAUUGGAGGGCAGAGCUUGAAAUUUGAAGACGGGCAGUGGAUUACAGAGUCAGGAGCUAAUACAUCCAGCAAGGAGGUGCAGAAAUUGAAGAAGAGGAAUCUGCAAUUAGAAGAAGAAAACACCCUUCUAAAACUUAAGAUUGAACUUCUGUUAGAUAUGCUUUCAGAAACCACAGCUGAGUCACAUCUAAUGCAGAAAGAGUUAGACAACAUGAAGAAUCACUACAAACAAAAGAAGUGAUGGGAAGCAUGGAUUUUAGAUGAUUGGGUUUUAUUUAUAAGACUUCAAUUCUUGUGAACUUGUAAAAUGUUUUAAAAACAGAGAAUAUUGAAUAUAACUGUGCUAUGAUGUUUGUCUAAAACUUUUUUCCUUUCAUCAUUGUAUAAACAAUGAAAUUAUUUUCUUACUGAAAAAAUGGUUUGCUGUGGAUGUUUUUCAGUGCUAUGAUAAACGGAAAGAAAAUAUUAGAGUCUAACAUUGGAGAACUGAAAGAAGUUAUGGUAAAAUAUGAAAGAAGGAUUACAGAAAGAGCCGAGAGCUAAGAAGCCAAUCAGAAUAACAGCUAUUACCAUUACAUAGCAACCAAAAGGUCAGAGUAUGAGUAGUAUACUGAAGUUUAAUUUGUGGUAAAAUAAUCUCUUUCCUGAGCACACUACUGUACUGUUUUAUCAGCUUUUAAGAAAAGGAGAUUACUGGGGUUGUGUGCGUUCUAAAAUGUGCACACAGAUUUGUGGGGAUUGUUGUAUGUGGUAUGAAGCACGUACAGUACGGGUGAAAAGACUGUGCUUUUUUUUUUAAAAGGAUUUGUAUCGCAUUAGUUCUAAAAAUGAAUACAAUUUUGUCAUGUUGUAUGUGUUUUUUAAUAAAUGCUGCAUCACUAGUAUUUAAGGAAAUGUUAUUUUUAAUUGCUUCUCGCAUGACAGGCAGACUGUAACCAUACAUCACUGCAGCCAGGAACAGCUAACUAGCUUGUUAUCUAGAUUAAAUUUAUUAUCAGUAGAAACAAAUAAACAGAUUGUUCUUUUCUGUGGUUAUAAGUAGGCUGCUUUAGAGAAUUCAAGAGGUGGGUGUUGUUUUUUUUUUUGUUUUCUAACCAUAUUUCUAUACAAUUUUAUAUUAGUAAUUUGGCAGAACACAGAAUCUUGGGUGUUAGACAACAUGAAGAAUCUUGACUUUAAAGAGGGGUCCAAUAAGAGGCUGGCAAACAGUUGUACAGUAACAUUUGAUAUGUUUGCUAAGAAUCUGAGGACUCUGACAUUAUUUUGUGAAUUCAGUUGCGUCUAUUGCAUAAUACAUAAUAAAUACAAUGUGAUAACA